UGGGAUGAGGACCACCAAGUGCCAGCUGCUGGCCACCAGCCUAUGUGUCAUGCUGCUGGGGCUGUCGAUUGCUGCACUGAGCACAGUUACUCACUGCGGGCUCCAUUUCACCCUCAUCAGCAACAUUGCUUUCGAGAGCAACUCCUACAGAGUCAUCCACAACGCAGCUUUCUACAUCGGGAUCUGUCUCAGCAUGGUGCUGAUCCUUGCUGCCCUCCUGAGCUCUGUUGCCACAGUGCGGGAAUCGGAGCAUCUCACAGCGAUGGGAUUUUUCUGUUUUGCUCUUGCGUUCUGUGGAUUGAUACCAGCUGCCUUCUGGAGAUACACUCACAGGACAGAGGUGGAAGACAGCAUGAUGGAUGUGUACGACUUUGUGUAUGAGGAGGCGAGGAAGAAUGCCUCCAGCUUCAGGAGACAGGAACUGACUGCCAUCCACGAAACAUUCCUGUGCUGUGGGAAGCACUCUCCCUUCGGAGAGACGGGAGACAUUGAACGUGAGACGUGCCCACUAGGCCAUGCCGAGACAGCAGAAGAGGAUUGCCUCCAAGAGAUCCGGGACUUCCUGAAGAAGCACAUGGACUUUGUCUCUGCGCUCCUGGCUGUCACCAUCUGUUUCAUGGUUUAUGGAAUGAUUCUGACUUCAUUCCUCUGGUUCUCCAUCCACUUCAGUAACAACCUGGACCGAAAAGGCAAAUACACCCUGCGAGAAAGCACUACUAGCUGCUGUGCAUUGCAAGCUGAUCACUCAGGAUGACGCUUUAUGGAGUAGCAGUACCACGUCUUCUCAGAAAACGGAUGAGGACUGAGGGACGCGCACACCUGGGCUCAGGGAUGCAGGUUGCCUCGCUGGGAGCGUGGGAAGGACAGGUUGUAGCUCGGAAAUCGGGACACAAACAGCUGCUUGAGGAGGAAAAAAAAGAAAAAAGCCUAGCAAGCCAAAAUCACAGCCUAAACCAGGCUGCUUGAUUCAGACUUCUCUUGCACUCUCAUCUGAGCAAUUGUCAGUUUCUUGUGACGCCAAAAGACGGAACGUUUCUAGGAAGAUAGCUUUGGAUCGUAGCCCAGGCCCUAUCUUUUGUUGUCAGCAAGUAUGUUUACACUAAGUGUGGCACUGCUAAUGGGAAAUGUGUUCUCCAACCUGGGCACUCUUCAUUAUUGACUCUGAGCAGGUUUCUAAUCAUAUAUAAGUAU